AUGGUGGUCCUGGCUGCCAUCUUCGGCCUUGCUGGGGCGCUCGGAAGCGGCGGCGGCGGCGGUGGCGGCGACAAGCAGCCCCCGAGCCUCUGGGAACCGAUCCCAUUCGUGUACAACAGCCUGCAGUUUCUGCUGGACAACGAGGGGUUCAUGAAGCGGGCGCAGGCCGCCCUCAAGAAAACCACCGUCGCCCGCUUCCGCCAGGGCGGCCACCUGGUCUACCUGGUGUCGGGCCCCAAGAACGUCCAGGCUGUCUUCGGCCGGUCGCAUAACAACAACAUCCACAACGACGACCUCAUGGUCCGCAGCACCCUGCCGCUGUGGUACCGCCUGUCCGCCGACGACCUGCGCCGCUUCGCCACGGACAAGACCGGCCGCGGCCGCAACCCCCUGCCCGGGACCGAGGACACGCCGCCGGAAAAUCGCCUCUUCCUCGGCUACGAGCACGUCCACAACGAGUUCCUCGCCCGCGCCCAGCACCUCGCCCCGAUGGUGGAGCAGUACCAGCGCCAGCUGACCCAGACCCUGGACGGCCUGUGUCCCUCUCCCUCGGACGCUACCGGCACCGGGAAGAAGGGCCGGAACGACGACGGGGUCGUCCUCGGCGUCGUCGACUUCUGCAAGGGGCGGGUGGCGCGGUGCGCGCUGCACGCGCUGCUGGGCCCGGGGGCGUUCGAGAUCAGCCCGGACCUGGUGGAGCGCAUGUGGGAGUUCGACGACGCCGUCUUCCCGCUCGUCAUGGGCCUGAGACUGGGCGUGCCCGAGUGGCUCAACCGGCGUGCCCACGCGGCCCACCGCCGCUACCUCAACGCCGUCCGCCGCUACCUCGACGCCGCCUGGGCCGACUUCGACUGGGCCGACCCGGCCUCGGCCGACGCCCGCUGGGAGCCCCGCUUCGGUGCCCAGGUCACCCGCGAAGUCGCCAAGUGGUUCCGAGACCACGGCUUCACCGGCCCCGACACCGGUCCUGGCGCCGUCGGCAUCCUCGCCUGGGCGCAAAACUCCAAUGUGAUCCCGACGACGACCUGGCUGGUGAUGGAGGUCGCCCGGGACCCGGAGCUGCUCCGGGCGCUGCGCGAGGAGGUCGAGACGGCGUUCGCGACGGACGGGGCGACGGGGCGGAGGAGGACGCUCGACCCGCAAAAGGUGGCGGCGCUGCCGCUGCUGGCGUCGGCCUACACCGAGACGCUGCGGCUGCGCAUGAACUUCAACGUCGUCCGCAACGUCCGCCAGUCCUUCACCAUGGCCGGAUACACCAUCCGCGGCGGCAGCCUCCUCCAGGUGCCCACCCUCGUCGCCCACUACGACGAGGACGUCUGGGGCGCCGAGUCCCACCCGGCCUCCGAGUUCUGGGCCGGGCGCCAUAUCAAGUACACCGACGAGCCCGAUGCCGAGGGCCGCGUUACCCGGAAGCGCGUCUUUGCCAUGGCCAGCCGGACCGGGUCGUAUUUUCCCUACGGCGGCGGCAACCUGAUCUGCCCCGGGCGGCACUUUGCCAAACAGGAGAUCAUGCUGACCAUCGCCCUGCUCAUCUCCCGCUUCGACAUCGAGUUCCUCGGAUGGACAAAGCUGGACGGUUCUCCCUCCGAUCGACCCCCGCGCAACGACCCGCGCUUCAGCGGCGGCGGGGCCGCGCCUCCGGAUCGAGAUAUGAAGAUUAGGAUCAGGCCGAUCGCUUCGUAA